AUGCGAUUUUCUACCUUCUCCUGCCUGGCGGCGACGCUGGGAUGGAUGGGCGCUGCUUCAGCACAUAACAUUCUUCUCCAUUCACACUCGCGAGAAUGUUUCUUCGAGCAAUUGCACACUGGUGAUAAAAUGACAGUUACAUUCCAGACUGGCGACAGAGAAUAUGGUGGAAGCAGUAACCUUGAUAUCAACUUCUGGGUCGAGGAUCCCUCGGGCAAUCACCAACACAGCAAAAACGGCGUAUCCUCUGAUGAAUAUACAUUUACUGCGGCCCGAGAUGGGAAAUACAUAUACUGCUUUAGCAAUGACGGGUGGUCGUCGAACACCAAAGAAGUCUCCUUCAACGUCCACGGAGUUGUCUACGUGCCAGAAGCCGAUCUACCCAGCGAUCCUCUAGAAGCUGAAGUGAAAAAAUUGUCUGAAGAGCUCGAACAGGUGAAAGACGAGCAGGAAUACAUCGUCAUGCGCGAGCGUACGCACCGAAAUACUGCCGAAAGCACAAAUGCUCGAGUAAAAUGGUGGAGUAUUUUCCAGUUGGCGGUUCUUAUUUCAAACGGCGUUUUUCAGGUCUGGUGGUUAAAGAGGUUCUUCGAGGUGAAACGAGUAGUCUAA